CGUCAACUUCCGGCCAGCGCCGAAGUGUAAAAAAAAAAAAAAAUCGAUCGGAAAAGGCCGGCGGCCCCGAGUUCAUCUUCGGGUAUUUCCGGAUAACUUCGGCGAUUUCCGCCGCCCCGCCCGAGGCUCUCCCGAAGGCGGAGCGGACGAAAAACGAGAGUUUCUUUCGCGGCGAUGGGACAAACCAGGAUCUGAGCCAAAAAGCAGGUGAGAAGGAAGGCGAUGCUGGCUUAGUCUCCUGGCUCCAAGGAACCGGCCGGGCAAAGGGAUUGCAAAAAGCCUUGCCUAGGAUGUCGGAGCCACUGCCCUUGUCUUACGUGACAGCCCAAGAGAUGCGCUGCCUCCUGCACUGGCUGUCCAGCUGGACUCUGGCCCAACGGGAACGCUUCCUCCGAGACCUGGUGGACAAGGCCGUCCCUUGGAAGCUGUCCCCCCUGCUGGAGAGCCUGUCGGGGCUCCGGAUGGGCUCUGAUAAGCCCCCGUCCAUCUACGAGUGUCAGAUGCGCCUCUGGGACCAGUGGUUCCGCAGCUGGUCGGAAGCCGAACGCAACGAGUUUGUCCGGCAGAUGGAAGAAGAGAUGCCGGAUUUGGCGGGACGGUUUUACCAAGAAGUGGCCGCCACCGCCAGACAAACCUGAGGCAGCCGGUGGCGCUCUCCUUUCCGUCUCGUUUUUAUUUUUAUUUUGGACCGAUUUCUCUGGACGUCUUCAGCCGGCUGCUGUGAAAGCUUGGCCAAAGGCCCUUCCCGUGUGCUACCCUGAAUAAUAUGAAAAUAAAAUAUUGUUUCUUCUUCUC